GGCCCCCGGGCGGAGCAGCAGGCGAAUCCGGGCCCCCGGGCGGAGCAGCAGGCACCGGGCCCCCGGGCGGGCACAGCGACAUGCAUCGGGCCCCCGGGCAGAGCAGCAGGCACCGGCCCCCGGGCGGAGCAGCAGGGCACCGGGGCCCCCGGGCGGGGGGGUGCGACCGGGCCCCCGGGCGGAGCAUGCCUCAGGCACCUGGCCCCGGGCGGAGCAGCAGGCACCCGGAGCCCCCGGGUUGGGGCGACAGGCACCCGGCCCCCGGGCGGGGCGGCAGGCACCGGGCCCCCGGGCGGGGGGCAGCAGGCAUCGGGCCCCCGGGUGGGGCAGCAGGGCACCGGGCCCCUGGGCGGGGCAGCAGGCACGGGCCCCCGGGCGGUGGCGACAUGCAUCGGGCCCCUCAGGCGGAGUGGCGGGCGCCGGACCCCCAGGCGGAACGACAGGUCCUCAGGCCCCAGGCGGGGGCGGCGGGCACCGAUGUCACCAGGCACAACCGUGGGGCUCCGAGUCAACUGGGAUGACCGCUGCAAUGGGUCAGACAUUGGAUCGUCUGGCUGGACAGCGGGCAUCGGGUCACCAGGCAUCAGGUCAUUGGCUCGACAGCGGGGCACCGCGUCAUCUGGCAAGGCAGUGGGCUCCGACGUCAACAGGCACGAACACGGGCAUCGGGUCAGGUACCGGGGAUCAUCUGGAUCAACAGCGGGCAU